AUGCAAGGUCUGGGAGAACACAAAAGUGUAUCAUUUAAGGACUUGUGCAUGUUUCCAGAUGUUCACUUGCCUCUAGGGUUCAAAACUCCAAAAUUUGAUAAGUAUAAUGGUCAUGGCGAUCCAGUGGCUCAUUUGAGAAGAUUCUGUAAUCAGUUGAGAGGAGCCGGAGGAAAAGAACUUCUUAUGGCCUACUUUGGAGAGAGUUUCACAGGCAUAGCAUCAGAAUGGUUUAUCGAUCAGGUCAUUUCUCAUUGGCACGUUUGGGAUGAUAUGACACAAGAUUUUGUCCAACAAUUUCAAUACAAUAUUGAUAUUAUUCCCGAUCGCAAUUCCCUACCUAAUAUGAAAAAAAAGCCAUCAGAAAGUUUUAGGGAAUAUGCCAUAAGAUGGAGGGAGCAGGCGGCUAGAGUCAAACCGCCGAUGAAAGACUAUGAGCUAAUUGAUGUUUUUCUCCAGGCUCAAGAACCUGACUACUUUCAUUAUCUUCUCGCCGCAAUGGUCAAGCCUUUCGCCGAAGCGAUUAAGAUCGGAGAAAUGGUAGAGAAUGGCAUAAAGUCGGGUAAGGUUGUGAGUCAAGAAGCCAUUAGAGCUACCACACAAGCAAUACAAAGUGGAUCCGGUAAUUUUACCAAUCGAAAAAAGAAGGAGGAAGGGUCCAUGGCGGCAUCUGAAUCAAGGGGUGUUCAAAUAGGCAUGAACAAUCCUUAUUGUCAAGUCCAACAAGAACAAUAUAAUUCUCCUCGGCAUUAUUACCCGUCCCAAUAUGCAGUUCUCAAUACUCAAGCAUCUGUUCGGCCUCCUUCGCGCCAACAAUGGCGGGUGCCUACCCCACAAGUUUCUCGCCCACAACAACAAAAUUUCCAGGCGCCAUAUAGUCCACGUCCCCGGGCAAACAAUACGAGAGAACAAGGUCAAAAAGAAAAUUUUACCCCAAUUGGAGAAUCGUAUACGAGUUUGUUACGAAAAUUGAUACAAUUGAGACUGGUUGAACCUGUCAAUCCGUACGUUGUCAAUCCAAAUGCAAGAGGUUUUGAUCCAACUAUUAUAUGCGAGUAUCACGCCAACGCUCCAGGUCAUAGCAUAGAGAAUUGUUGGACCCUAAAAAGAGUCAUUGAGAAGUUAAAUGAGGAUAAGGUAAUCGAGGUACGCAAUGAGGAAGCACCGAAUGUCACCAAUAACCCACUCCCUGCUCAUAAUAAUGAGCGUGUUGUGGGGAUAGUUGGCAUUUUUGAAGAUUAUGAGCAAACAAGUAGAACAAAAGUGGAAAGCAAGGUUUUAAGAGAAGAAUCUGGUAUGGUUUUAGAACCCAUACAAAGGGCACCGAUAAUUGUUAAAGGUGCACGUUCGAAUUCUGGGAACUUGAGGAAGCUAGUGUUGUAUGUCCCUGAGUCUAUAAAAAGAGGAGACGUACCAUUGAAUGGACCAAAAUGCUACAUUCCUGGUAAAUUUUCAACGUUUGAUCAAAAUCAAAAAGGUAUGAAAGAUCCAGUUGUGAUACAAAUUGCAGCACAACUUCCCAUCACAAACACCAAGGCCGUUCCGUGGAACUACAACAAAGUCGUCGUUACUCACAAGGGAAAAGAGAUUGUCGAAGAAACAAAUGAAACAAGAGGCUUGAGUCAUUCCGGAAGAUGUUAUACUCCAGAAGAAUUAAGGAGGGACAAACAAAUCAAAGAAAAUCACAUGCCGAUGAAAAAACCAGUCACUGAGGAAGAUGCUGAAGUUUCUGAAAAAGAUGAAAGCUCAGGAUUAUUCUGUUAUAGAUCAGUUGAGGAAAACGCCUGCUCAAAUCUCUUUAUUGUCAUUACUCAUACAUUCUAA